AUGAGAUUCCGUAAACAUUGGUCAAGUGUCGGGCCGUGAAACUACUUUUCAGCUUUCCAGGCAGGUAGAAAGUUAUAAAGCUUUUUGAAAGGCCAAGAAAAAAAACCCAAAUACAAUCCUAAAAUGUAGCACAAGCGUUGUUAAAGACCACGAGCAGUUAUUGGGCAUCUUAGUCGUCUUCAGCCUCUUUAGGAUUUGCAGCUUAGUGACUCCCAGCCUGAAAGCUUUUCCCCAGUGGCCUGUAGUCACAGACUCGGUUUUUACAUCUAAACGGAAUCAUGCCUGGGGACUCGGGAAAAACAGACAUGGAAAGGAUCGGCCUCUUCCAGGAGAUGAGCUACACCUCUGUUCAAGAUCCGUAUGUCGAUGGAAUACCAAAACCUUUCAACGAGGAGGCUUACAAAGGCAAACAGUUUUUGGUGGAAGGCUCAAAAAAGAAGGCAGCCACUCAGGCAGGAUACUUUGAUCGUGAAUUUACACGCAUUUUUGAAAAGGAAGCCUAUUCUGAUCGGUUUAAAUUGAGAAGACAAGCGAAAUUGAAGGCAGCCCAAAAGAACCUCGAUGGAGUUUUCUUUCCAAGCCAGACUCCAAAGAAAUGGUCUGGCUUGGGAAGUUACUAUGGAACAAUCGGUGGUUCAUUCAAAGCCUUCAGUGGAAUAGCGAAGCCAAAGCAACCAUUUGUUGCGGAAAAUAAAAACUUUUACACUAGUCCUGGGAAAAAAGGAACUGGCUAUGGGUAUAAUAACGUCACCAUAGGUCCACCAUAUGAACACUCUGCAGAUGCUUAUAUAGUAAAAGAUACAAAGAAAGAACAACUCCUUGGAGGACCAUUUCGAUUGAACCUUUACCCUAGGGAAUACUUUGAUAGUAACCCCUACAGGACUGAAAAACUCUUGCCUCCACUAAAGGAGGUACCCCCAAUGAAAAAGAUAGAAGCACCUUUUAAACCUGCUUCUCCCGGAAAAUCACUUGGCGGCAUGAAGGCAGGUGCAUUUGAUGUUUAUCCAGCUCAUUUCAGUACUUUAAUGAAAGAUGCAAAAGAAAGCCAAAAAGUUGGUAGGGGUUUAGUGUUUAGACCCAAUGCCGGACCGAAGAGCAGGCCAAUUAAAAGUGUGCUUGCAACAAAUAUCAACAGGGUGGUGAACAACUUGAACUACAAGACUGUCGAUCGUGUAAUGGUUUACUAAUGAAAGGAUGCAUGGUUUGCAGUGUAAAAGUUUUCAGCCAUGGUAAAGCCAUCUUGCAAGUCAAGUGUAUGCUGAAAGUACUCUACAGAAUAUUCCUGUUCUAUCUCAUUAACCCAUUUAAAACAAAAUGGAGUUUGGAAAUCUCUCACUCUGAGCCAGUUUGGUGAAAUUAUUGUUUUUUUUUGUAAAUACUGUACUGCUAUAACUAAACUACAUUUUUGACCUUUUUUUUACUUCCUCUCUUCAUUCAGAUAAGAAAAUAAAUCAGUGCCAUUGUCA